CGGUAAUAGAAUGCUGGGACAAACCUGAAAGUCUCCUCCAAUAAUCAGCAAAUCGACGCCUGGCCAGCCUUUGAGCUCGCACGACUUCUUGAUAGAGGCGUAUAUUUCAUGCAAUGUCCCAUGGCCGCAUCCUUCCACGGCGACGCGCAGGCCUUUCAUUGCGGCUAGGGCCGGCGAUGCCAUGGUGUUGUUGUUGCGAGACUGCGCUGGUAGCUGGAAGCCAGCAUGGAGAAAGUUGACCAAGCCGCGCUAGAAGAUCAGGAAAGGAACUCUUGUUGAAUGUUGGAGUGAAGUUCUUCGAAGCUGAUGGCCAAUUCUGACUAGCGUCGGGCAGUCGGCGUUUGAGAAGUGGACCGUGAUGACCACUUCAGAAGUUCUCCCAGACAAGACGGAAACGCUGCGCGGGCACCAAUGGCCAACAACCCCAGUGAGCUGCGGCUCAGGUUCCUCAAGCAAGCAGCCCAUCUACUCACUGUUCCGGCACCUACGGCUGCAGCUGCGCUUGGAGCCGCGCACGAUCAGCUCCUCACCGCUGACGAUCAGGAUCUCGGCGCGCCAAAGAAGGACUGGGAUGCACUGCGACGCGAAGUGUGCGGCGCCUGUGGGAAUGUGAUGGUCCCGGGGUGGUCAUGUCAAGUUUCUCACCGCAGUCGGCCGGAAGAUAAGAAAGCGAAGCCCUCGGAAGAGCCAAGACUACGACAAGAGGACAUGGUCUACUUGUGCCUGAGAUGCGACUGCAAGACUAUCCAGCCAUUACAGACAAGACCACCGAAGCACAUUGGGAAAUCCAAGGCGGGUAAGAAUCGUGUAACUUCGCCAGAGCCGGAAACCAGAGAGCUUAGGGACGACCAGAGCAAGGUCACCAAGUCGGCCAACGCGACCAGCAAGCAGAGGAAGAAGGCUCGGAAGGGCGGCCUGCAAGCAAUGCUUGAGAAGAACAGGACGCAAUCCUCCGGAAAGGGAGGACUCGGGCUCGACCUGAUGGAUUUUAUGCAGUGACAGCGAUAGGGCUGAACGGACGACCAGGAUGCCUCUUGAAUGCGCUAGAAGCAACCCCGCCAAAAUCGCGGGGCAAAAAUCUUUCGCACUUCC